AUGGAAAAAAUUCGAAGAAGUUGUGGAUUUUACUUUGGAAUUGAUGUGGAUUCAAUUGGAUCUAGAGGAGGACUUUGCUUAGCAUGGAGAGGGAACGCUAAUAUUUCACUUCAAAGUUUUUCAAAUAGACAUAUUGAUGUGAUCAUUGAGGAAGAAGGAGAGGGAGUCAUAUGGAGAUUUACAGGUUUUUAUGGUUCCCCUUAUUCAUAUGAUAGGGAGGAAUCAUGGAAUCUGUUGCGACAAUUAAAAAACCAGGGUGAUGACCCAUGGCUGGUUUGUGGGGAUUUCAAUGAAAUCUUAUAUAACUUUGAGAAGAAAGGAGGCUUACUUAGAGAAGAAAGAAGAAUGGAAACAUUUCGGAAGGCCUUAGAAGAUUGCAGGUUAGUUGAUUUGGGGUUUUCAGGUAGGAGAUUUACGUGGGAGAGGGGAAAUCUACCAGAAACUAAUAUCCAAGAAAGAUUAGACAGAGGUGUGGCAACAGAAUGGUGGAGUGAUUUGUUUCCAAAUUUUCUCAUUCAACACCUCCCACAUUCAUUCUCAGACCAUUGUCUACUUCUCAUUGAUACGGAUCACAAAGUUAGAAGGAUAGUAGAUCAGAGGUUCAGGUUUGAAGCAUGGUGGAUUUUGGAAGAGACAUUCUUGGAUGUAACUACAAGUAUUUGGGAAAAUUCUACAGGAGACCUUAUGCAGAAGCUGGAAAAUUUAAAACGGGGUUUACAAAGGUGGAGUGUUCAGUUACAACAGAAUAAAAGAAUGACAAAUGAGGUAUUAUUGUCAAAAUUAGAAACGUUACUUAAUGCGGACCGUAGUGAGGAGAACUUGGCUGAGAUAAUUGACACAAAAAUCCAUCUGAACCUAGAGAUUGAGAAGGAUGAAAGUUAUUGGGAGCAGAGGGCCAGAAUUAAUUGGUUGAAAAUGAGAGACAGAAAUACAAGAGGGCAACACAACUUUGAGAACAUCUUGACAAGUAUUAAAAAGUGCAUCUCUGAGGAAGAUAAUGUCAAACUGAAUGCAAGGUUCACAAAGGAGGAAAUUCGGGAAGCUCUUCUCGGAAUGGGUCCUACAAAAGCUCCGGGAGAGGAUGGUUUUCCAGCCUUAUUCUUUCAAAAGUGUUGGUCAAUUGUUGGAGAUGACAUCUCCAGUUUUUGUCUCCAAAGAUUAAACGAAGGAAGGCUGAUUUCUGAUAAUGUGUUACUUGCUUAUGAAAUUCUUCACACGUUGAAACGAAAGAGAUUGGGGAAAAAAGGUUUCAUGGCUGUAAGACUGGACAUGAGUAAGGCAUUCGAUAGGGUCGAAGGGGGUCUUUCAAGUAUUAUGAGGUUAGCACAAGAGGAAAAUGUUUUGAAAGGUGUUAAAGCAAGUCGAAGAGGGCCGGCUAUCUCCCAUUUAUUAUUUGCAGAUGAUUGUAUUUUGUUUGUUGAAGCUACGGAUAGGGGAGCACAUUCUUUAAAGCAGAUACUGCAAGAUUACGAGAUAAGUUCUGGGCAACGUGUGAAUUUUGAAAAAUCAUCGGUUUUCUUCAGUUCUAAUACAAAAGAAAGUGAAAGGCGUGUUGUUUCACAGAUCCUUGGAGUUAGAAGAGCUAAUGAUUUUGAGCAAUAUCUGGGUCUUCCUAGUAUGCCAAUUUCUGGUGGCAAAAAAGAUCUAAUAAAAGAGGCAUUCACUGGUGUGCUUGGAAGGACAUAUGUCUAUUAA